AUGUCUGCUAACGAAUUCUAUAACUCAGCCCAACAAGGCCAAUAUAACCCUCAACAAGGCCAAGGUCAACAAAGACAAGGCCAACAACAACAAGGUCAACAACUUGCAGGUGAAAGUGGCGAAAAAGGUUUAUUAUCAACUGUUAUCGGUGGAGCUGCUGGUGGGUUUGCUGGCAAUAAAAUUGGUGGUCAACAACAUUCAACUUUAGGAUCUGUUCUUGGAGUUGUGGCUGGGGCCAUUGGUGGUAAUAAAGUUGAAAAUUUUAUUGAAUCUGAAUUCAGUCAUAGUGGCCAACAACAAGGUUAUAAUAAUAAUAACAGUGGCUAUGGUAACAACAAUUAUAGUAAUAAUAACAAUUACGGUAAUAAUAAUAGUGGUUAUGAUAGACCUCAAUAUGAUAGACCUCCACAAGGGGGUAAUUUCGGUGGAAAUGGUGGUAAUUAUCAAGGAGGAAACUUUGGAGGUAAUUUCGGUGGAGAAGGUAGACGUCAUGAAGAUGGAUUUGGUGGUCAAGGUAGACAACAAGAAGGAUUUGGAGGUCUUGAUUAUGGUAGACAAGAAGGUCGUCAUCAUGAAGGUGGCCAUCAUGAAGGAGGUCGUCACGAAGGCGGUCAUCAUGAAGGUGGACGUCACGAAGGAGGACGUAAUGAAGGUGGCAAUAGAUGGUAA